GCCGCCUUCUCACCAGCCCCGAUCUGCGGGGCUCCUGGAGCUCUGCUGCGGGCCCGCAACGCUCCCACUGCUCCAGGGCCACGCGGAAUUCCAGGGCCCCGUGUGGGAUGCAGCCUGGCAGCAACCGGGCUGUCCUGAAGAUGCAGGCGAGCUGCGUGGAGAAGCCUCAGGAGGGGAUGGGAAGUCGCACACAGGAGGCUGGUCCUUUGCACAGAAGAUGCGUUCAGCCAGGCAUCGGUGUGUUCAUUAGAUCGCGUAUGCAGUGGAGAAGUACAGUCCUCCCUGUCCUAUGGUGUGCAGUUGGCCAGACCGAGCCAUCCUGGAGCCUGAGAGACCCGCUGAAAUCCAGUUAGAGAGCUGUGGAGAUUAGAUUUGUGUGAGCAAAAGGCAGCGAAAUUAAAUUUGCACGGGCAGAGCAUUUCCAAGCUGCUUGAAAACCAGGCUAAGUGUAAGUACUCCUGGCACAGUGACCGUGGUGGACCGUGACGUUCGGGUUCGUAAUGGCAAGGGUUGGUUCAGAACCAAGCAGUGGGGUUUGUGACCUCCAGGCACGAGGCCCGGCUUCACAAGGAGUGACCCGGAGACUGGCUCCUGCUGUGCCCUCGGGGAAUGGAGUUUUGGCACUGAUGCAACAGGAGGUGCUGGGCGGCUGCUGCUCCUGGUGCUCUGCUGGUGGCUCUCCCUCGGUGGUUUGCAUGCAGAAACAACCCAGUGUCACACUUGUGCCAGGUGGUUCUUGGACUGUGAGAACUGUAGGUGUCCAUACUGCCUGUCUGUGGCUCUCCCACCUGAGGCUGGGUGGCCGUGGUGACCACUGGUGUGAGCUCAGAGAGCUUCUGUGACAGGACAGACUACUUUGUGGGCCACAUCCAACAGGGCUGGGUUCAUUGCUCCAGCCUGGCCUUUUUGGAGCUUCCUAGGUUGUUGGAAAGUGCAGAGCUGAGCUGGGAUGUGCUGAGAGGCUGAUGACAUCCACCUUCAGCUGCUGCCACAGCACGACCAUGCCCUAUGUUUGGUCUGGCCCCAGGAAGGUGAAGGAUCCUUGUCCCCUUCCCCUGACAGAGGGACAGUGGACCAGCUCUCAUGCAUCACCCAACCCUGGAACUUGCUCCCGGUGGUGGAGGAAACCGGAAAGGCAAGAGCAAGAAAUGGCGCCAGAUGCUGCAGUUCCCCCACAUCAGCCUCUGCGAGGACCUUCGGCAAACCCUGGAGCGGGACUACCACAGCCUGUGUGAGAAGCAGCCCAUCGGGCACAUGCUCUUCCGGCAGUUCUGCGAGACACGCCCCGAGCUCUCCCGCUGCGUCAAGUUCCUGGAUGCUGUGGCAGGGUACGAAGUGGCUCCAGAUGAGAAGAGGAAGGAAUGUGGGCAGCAGCUGAUUGAAAAGUACUUGAAGCCAAAUAGUGAGGACCAUGUGCCUGAAGUUCCCUCACAACUGGUGGAUGCCUGUUGUGAGAGGCUGGAGCAGGAACCUUCCAAGGAGCUCUUCAAGGAAUGCACUAAGCUUAUCCACGACUACCUGAGCGUGGCUCCCUUUGCUGACUACCUCGACAGCUUGUACUUCAGUCGCUUCCUGCAGUGGAAAUGGCUGGAACGGCAGCCAGUGACCAAAAACACUUUCCGCCAGUACCGUGUGCUGGGUAAGGGCGGUUUUGGGGAGGUGUGUGCCUGCCAAGUGCGUGCCACAGGGAAGAUGUAUGCCUGCAAGAAACUGGAGAAGAAACGGAUCAAAAAGAGGAAGGGAGAAGCCAUGGCCCUGAAUGAAAAACAGAUCCUGGAAAAAGUGAACAGUAGGUUUGUAGUGAGCUUAGCCUAUGCAUAUGAAACUAAAGAUGCUCUCUGCCUAGUGCUGACCCUCAUGAAUGGAGGGGACCUCAAGUUCCAUAUCUACCACAUGGGAGAGGCUGGUUUCGAGGAGCCCCGGGCAGCUUUCUAUGCUGCUGAGAUCUGCUGUGGCCUCGAGGACUUGCACCAGGAGAGGAUAGUGUACAGGGACCUGAAGCCAGAGAACAUAUUACUGGAUGACCAUGGUCACAUCCGGAUCUCAGACCUGGGACUAGCUGUGCAUGUGCCCGAGGGCCAAACAAUCAAGGGCCGGGUGGGGACAGUUGGCUACAUGGCUCCGGAGGUGGUGAAGAACGAGCGCUACACGUUCAGCCCGGACUGGUGGGCUCUGGGCUGCCUGGUGUACGAGAUGAUCGAGGGCCAGUCCCCCUUCCAGCAGCGCAAGAAGAAGAUCAAGCGGGAGGAGGUGGAGCGGUUGGUGAAGGAAGUGCAGGAGGAAUACUCGGAGAAGUUCUCGCCCUGCGCCCGCUCCCUGUGCACCAUGCUCCUGUGCAAAGACCCUUUGGAGCGCCUGGGGUGCCGAGGAGCUGGGGCCAAGGAAGUGAAGGAACACCCUCUCUUCAAGCACCUCAACUUCAGGAGGCUGGAAGCAGGCAUGCUGGACCCUCCCUUUAAGCCAGAUCCUCAGGCCAUCUACUGCAAGGAUGUUCUGGACAUUGAGCAGUUCUCCACGGUGAAAGGAGUAGAGCUGGAGCCCACAGACAAUGACUUUUACCAGAAGUUUGCUACAGGGAGUGUGCCCAUUCCUUGGCAGAACGAGAUGAUUGAGACAGAGUGUUUUAAGGAGCUGAAUGUCUUUAGCACAGAUGGCACAGUACCCCCAGACCUGGACUGGAAAGGGCAGCCUUCUCCACAGCCCAAAAAAGGGUUACUCCAGCGCUUGUUCAGUAGACAGAGGUGAGCAGUCACUCCUGGCUGCUCUGCUCAGGGAAAUACCCGGUGGCCCACGGACAUGGCAAGAUCUGGGAAAGAGGAGUGUUAUCCUUCAGUGCCUAUUCCCUUCCCCUGGCAGAGCACAACCUGCUUGUUGUUCUAACUGCCCCCUGAGCCACUAAUCCAGCAUCCCUGCUCUUGCUGCCUUUGUGGGGGAGGCCUUGCCCUCAGCUUGAGCCAAAGUUGCCCCUGCACUGCCGCUGCUGGGAGUUCUGCUCCCAGAGGGCUGUGGGAAGUUCCCUUCACUCCUCUCCGCAUGUCCGGGACACACAGAAGGGUUGAGAAACUGUGAAGGGUUUGGCAUUGCCCCGUGCUCAGACUCCCUUUUCAGCAGAAAGGGCUUCAGCUGCUUUUGUGGCCAGCUGAGCCCUGAGCGGGGCCGAGAGUCUGUGCUGGCACUGAGCUUGUGUCCCUGGGUGGCUGCAGUCCCUGGAGCCCAGCUUCCUCACAGCUUCUGAGCUAGCCAGCUGCGUGCUCACCAGUCUGUCUGCCAGGGGCUGAACCUCCAGAUGCAGCUGGGCUGUUCUCUGCUGUCUGGGGGUCCCCUCCAGCCCCUUGCCUCCAUGUAGCUCUCCCACACACAGGCUGGGGCGGGGGGCCUGGCCCAUCCCUGCCAGAGAGCAGCUGUAGGCUGGGUUGUAUGACCAUGCUCACCCUCUGCUUGCUGUGCUCCUCUCUCUCUCCCUCCUCCCUCUCCUUGCCCUUCUGACUUCAGGACUGUUGUGGAAACUGCAGCGACAGCGAGGAAGAGCCCACCCGGCUGUAGAGCACAGCCCCUGGGACCCCCUGCCUCUCCCGAGCGCCCAGCCUGAGGGACACGGUCGCAGCGGCCCCGCAAGGUGGAUUUGUUUACAGUUUUAUACGUCUGUGUUUGAAGACUGUGAGGAUGAUUCCAAGGCUGGCAGCAGCACACGGCUCGGGUUGAGGCGCCUCUGACCAUGGGCAAGCCCUAAACAAAACCCGGAUGCUUCCAAAUCUGCCACUUUGGGAUGG